AUGGAGGUUCUAUGGAAGAGCCAUGGGCUUUUCUAUCGUGGAAUGGUUUGUUAUCGUGUCGUUGAUGAGGCAGGGAAUAAGGAUGCUUUAAAAGAUUGUUGGGUGACAGAGGAGAAGAGAAUGCAUGAAACAACCAUCCUGGAGAUGGUCAAGGGCAUCCCUAACAUUGUUGAACUUGUAGACCAUUGGGAUGUGUAUUACAAAGGGGAGCCUGACUGUACAGCAUGCAUUCGCAGCCAAUACGACAUGGGCCAUCGGGAUGACUUGAUGUUCCGCAACAGAUUCCACCUCCACAUUCUCUUGUCCCCCUGUAGAGAGCCAUUAUCUAAAUUCAGCUCUAGACAAGAAUUGCUCACCGCCUUCCAUGCCUUUGUAGUUGCUCAUCACAUGAUGAUUAAGAAGCGAGUCUUGCAUGGGGACCUCAGUCCCAAUAAUUUUAUUGUUCAUGACGGUAUUGGUUACUUCAUCGAUUUCAAUCAUGCCUCAAUUCUAGCGGAAGGCAUGACUGGCACCUAUUUGCAUGGUACAGGGACCAUGCCCUACAUUUCUAUCCAUAUUCUUCAGGCUAUGCUGGAUUUAGCCCCACUUGGGGAUGGUGCCAACAUCCCAGGCCAGGACACUGAUCUGAACAAUGUGGACAAUUCCAAGGCGGACAACAAUGUUGACCUUGUUCCACAGGCUGUCAAUGCUCUGCAGAAUGUCAACUUCGAUACAGAUCUAAUCAAACACCGGCCCAGUGAUGACCUCAAACCUUAUUUUACAUUUUCUUUGAAUUUGUUGCUAAGUAUUGGGGGCCACAUGGCCAAUUAG